UGUUACUUACUUUGAGCGGGAUCCAUGGACAUGAUUUGGAAUAUCGGAAUUGUAUUCAAAAAAAUGAAUUAAGCGAGCAAAUGGCAGAUCUCCAGCGUUUUUUCAUAAUUACUAGACUCGUUACUGUCUCGUUUUUCGCAUUCUGGUACCCUUACGUCCUAAACGUGACAGUCAAGAGAGCUACCUUUUGACUCACUGGCUUCCUUUCGGCGAUUUCGUGAUUGUGAAUACCACUGUCGUUAACGUUUUUCAUCGACACAACCUUUCAGACUUGAAUCACAUAGCGAGUGCAUGUCGGGUACAUCCCAACAAAAUCUUUACAAGUUAGUGCUAGGAUUAAAAAAAACUUCUGCGUCGUACGCACCAGUACACCCGGCUCCCUCUUGAAAGCUGACUACAACUGUAGAGUAAAUCAAACGGCUUUCUAAACCAUCAGUAUCGUGAUAUCUAUGAAUAGAUAUCAUGGUCAGUUAAACAAUUCAUUUGGUGAGUAAAUUGAGUGAUUUCAGCAGCAAAGUAACUUGAUUUCCAGCAGAAAAUCAAUUGCAAUUUGGCUCGAGCGUAAUCCGUUGAGUGAAUUCUGUGUGCCCGCAGUGGUCGUUAAUUGUCGAUUUGGUCAUGAAUAUUCAUAAGUUGCAGGCUGGCGAAGUGGUUUCAUGUUCAAUUUUUAAAAAACUUUUUCUGUAGUUAGACAACGACCAACUCGUGUCAGAAACCUAUGAAAAUUGAGAAGUCACCGCAUUUGUUUUCGAAGUAAAGCGUUUGGAAGACGUUACUUUUUCCUAUCAUUCCUCCACUCAGCUUUAGCUCUUCAGAAAGUCAUGCAUGUCCGAAUUAGUAGAAAAAUUCGAUUGCAUGUGAGAAGAAAAAGAGGAAUAUUUAACACUUCUGAUGUUCAGAUUUUUUUGUUAUAAUGAGAAGAAUGAGUGAAGGAAGUGAUCUGUGAAAAGAAAAAAUUUUGCUUGCAGUAUAAUGAAAAUGCUCGCUAGGUAUUACAAAACCGAUCUGGGUCGCUUGUAACAGACAGUUCUGCAAAAUUCAAAUUGUUGUAAAAGGUAGCUGCAGUAUAAAGCCUUACAAGAUGAUCAGGAAUAUUUUCAGUGUCUGUGAAAAACUACCCCUUCAAAGGAAGCUUAACUUUAGAAGAAGUCAAAAUUGACAAUUAAAAAUGGGACAUAAAAAAUGGGACAUAAAAAUGGUAUACGGUUUUCGACAUGUAACAAUCUGAAUUUUUGUUUGUAGGUCAUUCCUAGAACGUUGGCAACAGCAGUACCUGUUGCAAGAUUCUCAAACGAAAAGCAUGGAGCCACUGGAUUCAGCUUUUGCACCUAAAAUAUGGAGCUCUUUAAGUAACCAAGAGGAAGAAAGAGGAUGCCUUUCAAGGCGGGUAAAGAAGGUAGAUGACAUUAACUAUGGUCUUCAGAGAAAUAAAGUCAAGAAACUUGAAAGAACUGGAUCAAACAGUGAAAACAAAAAGACUGACUGUCAUUCAAUCAGCGGUAAUGGUAGAUAUUUCAGACCCGGGAAGAGAGGUCACGUGUGGAGAGACGGUGUUGCUUCAGGAGUUUGUUCUGGAGAUCAUUUAACAUGGUUCUCAACAAUGGAUGAGGCAUGUCUUCAGCUUGGAGAGCAAGGAAAGCAUUAUAGACGAGCCACAGUCAUAACUCAAGGACCAUUUGUCAAUGAUACUUCGCGAACAGAAGAAAAGAAUUCUUUGAACAUCAAGAUAACUUCUGCUUUCUCUCUUAAAACAGAUAUGUCCUCGACCUCGUUCCGCGACAAGGAAGUACUAUUGAGUUUAAAUCACCCACAGCCAACUAAGAUUGAAUCUGUCGGGAAAAAACUGUCCUCCAGAGUCUCGCCUUAUCCUGUUCUGCGACAGCAACAAAAACAACCGAUCAAGAGUAAAGUGCCAAGCCAAAGAGAACAUAUGGGGGCUUUCCUUGCGAUUGAAAGCAACAGCACAGGACCAAGGUGUUUUGAUGUUCAAAAAGAAGGGAAAGAUUUGAGCUGGUCCGAUGGAAGACAAAAUACCGAACAACAAGGGUACACAAAACUGGGGAAAAGUCGAGAAUUUGAUUCUGUCAAUCUAAAUGGCGCUUGGAGCGACAGUUGUGUGACAAACGAAGACGAUAUGUAUCCCUUAAAGAUUCCUCUCUACACAGGAUCACCAAACCACUGUAAUAUUUCUAGUGAAAGUGGGCCAUCCAUUUUAUUUCAACGAGAUCUUGAAACACACGAACAAGUGGCACCCAUGACACCAAGAAAUGUGGAAUUUGAGACAAAAAGCGAGCCAUUAAAUCAACACGAGACAGUUUCUAUUUGUUCAUCAGAGGAACUUAGAAAUGACUUUCGUAAUUGCGAUGAUUUCAAGAACCAGUAUUUACAAACAGAAUACACUGGCAACCUGUCUGUAGGAAGAUGUCAACCACACAUUGGUGACCCCAAAUCCCUGUCUUUCACAACAAUCAGAAGAACGAAACGAACUCGAGAACACGAUGAAUCGAUUGCCAGCGACAUGAUUAACCAUGGAAUGCCAUCAUUGCUAAGCACCACUUCUGGGGAGCAUUAUUUGCCAAUGGCCCUCAGUAGUCACACUUACAAUGACACUAAUACACAAUUUAAGAGUGGUCCAGAAAGACAGCUUGUGAAUUAUAAUGCAAAAGUUUUUUUGCCUUGGCGGUUCCAAAAUAUUUCCCCGGGUUCUCCUCAUGAAUUGAAGACCACGAGAGAAGCCCAAUUGCAGCAAAGCAACGUCCAUCCUUGCGCUUCCUCGGGAAGCAAUGACAAUGCAGCUGUCUCCUUAAAGGUAAUCUAUAAAGAUAAACAAGAAAUGGAAAGAACAUUUAACUUUAAUUCAGUUGAUUCUAAACGAAGAUUUUCCAGAGUGCAGUUUUUCAUAACACCAGCACCCGAAACGCUCAAGAGCUUGAAGAUGACCAUGGAGCUAGAAAAUGACGAAGAACCUAUAGUCAAGAUACCCAACUAUUUUCUGGAUUUCAUCCCUGAAGACAGACCAAAUGAUCACUCAGCCCCUAAGUUAGCUCAUAUUUCAAAGUCGUCGUUUGCUUUCAGCCCACAACAGGGUUGCUCCUCCUGCUACAAAGCCAACUGCAAAUCAGUAGACAAUGUGGUCAAAAAAGACAUGAACGCAAGGCGGACAAAAAAGAUACCACAACAAAAUGUGACCAUGGAGAAAAAGGUUCUACGUGUAGUCAACCCUUCCAAAACGAGAGUUAUGUCUUUCCUGGAAAAAGCACCAGAUACCAGACACUUCACAUUUUCUUCAUACAACAGUGAGGGGCUUACGUCUGUUCCAACGCCUCAAGUGAACGCUGGUGUUCCAAACACAACAGUAACCGAGAUACCUCUCCAAGUGCGGACUUGGCCGGAUGCAUAUCAAGAAAAGGUUCCCAUUCUCACUCUACCUUUGAAAAUGACCUGUAAUGCAAGGUCUUCAAACGAAGUUCACACCACUUCAGAAUUUAGCAAUCCACUUUCACAAUCCAGAGAGGAGGCCAACUGUAAGCGUGCCACAAGUCAGGUCCUAGUGGUAUCCAGCGGAGCUAAUACUGAAAAAUGUUGCCAAUAUAACUUGCAUCAGAAGCCUAGCUUUAUAAAGAAAAGCCCACGAUGUUUCAGCGAGGAGUUUAACAGAAAGAUUACGCAAGAAUGUAUAGAUUGCACCGCGUUGGAAAGAAAACAUGGUCUUCCGAACAGGCGAGAUGAAGUUUCCUUAAGUAACUCUGCAAAACAUCGUAUUUUAACUGAACAAGAAACAAGGGUUGAAUUCACGGAAGAGGAAGAGGAAUUUCCCUUGAACAGUUCAUCAAAACAUUUUAUUUCAAAUGAUCAAGAAAGAAGACCCACUGAUACUACAACAACUGAGGAAUUUGUCCAUUAUUUAAGUAGUCAUGCCUUUUGGAGUCAAAGCAAUGACGAUGUAAUGAUUUCAACUUGUACUCAGACAUCAUCUGCCAUUGAAAACUCAACAGCAUUAUCGUUAGGCAAACGGAAAUAUCAGUGCGAGGUGUGUGGACGUUCGUUCAGUCGAAGCAACACUUUAAUUACUCACAAUCGCAUCCACACUGGUGACAGGCCUUUUCCUUGCGACGUGUGCGGUAGAGCUUUCCGUCAGCUCGGAAACCUAACUCGUCACAAACUGACUCACGCUGCAGUAAAGCCCCAUACGUGCUCCAUAUGCAAAAAGUGCUUCAGUCGCACGUCCAAUUUGAACACUCACAUGAGAACACACACAAACUACAAGCCGUUUGUUUGCGAUUUUUGUGGCAAGGGUUUCCAUCAGAAAGUGGACAUGAAAAUACAUCGAUACAUUCACACUGGUGAAAAGCCUCACAAGUGUAGCAAGUGUGGUCGUGGCUUCAAACAACUUACUCACCUGAAGUACCACAUGAGAACUCACUCUACUGUUCGAUUGUACAAGUGUGAACACUGUGGCAAAGGCUUCAAUCAGAAAGGUAACCUUCAGGCUCACAUUUACGGACAUACUGGUAAAAGACCGCACCGUUGUGAAAUUUGUGGAAAAGGAUUCACUCUCACCUCCACUCUUAACACUCACAGGCGUACGCAUGCACCGUAUAAGCCAUUCAAAUGUGAGUAUUGUGAGAAAGCGUUUUACCAGAAAAACGCGCUGAAAACCCAUUAUAUCUCAUCUCAUCCAUGUACAAACGGUGUGUGUCUUCUUUAGACAUACUAACUGACCACGGUCACGGAAACGGCGGGAAACGGCGGGUGAAAUUGUCCUGUUAAUCAAUUUUCGCGAGUGAACUACCAGUAAUCGUCAACCUUUGCCAUUUUUAUACUUUCAUCGACGAUUAAUAUACACUGAGAAGUUUAUCUCAUUCACUUUGAAAUGACAAGUGUACGUAAAUUCAAACGACUUUUGUAAAGUUGUGAGAGUUUUGUUUGGUUGUUUGUAGCUCGGCGCUCUAAUGGCGCGUAAUCACCGCGUACAAUUUUAACAAAAAAAAUGAGUCAAUUUUAGUCGCGUUUAUCUCUUUGAUCGUUGGUGUAUUUGUGAGGAACAUCUCGGAAUACCCUUAAUGGAUUUCCUAGCCUUCUGCUAUUUAAUCCAUGGUAAAAAGCCUAAUAUCAAGUGA